AUGAACCAGCCCUACCCUCUUACUAAGGAGCAAGUUCGCCUGCUUCUUCUUUAUGACUUCCGAAUCGAGAAGAAGGCAGCCAAUUCCAUCGCUGACAUCAAUACCGCGUUUGGCCCGGACACUGUGUCCAAGAGCACUGCCUAUGAUUGGUACAGUCGCUUCCAGAAAGGAAAUGAAAGCCUGGAAGACCAGCCACGCACCGGUCGUCCUUCGGAGUUUGAUAACUCUGCCUUGCAGGAGGCACUGGAGGCCAACAACCGGCAAACAUCGCGAGAGCUUGCGGACUUGCUGGGUGUCUCCCAUACAACUAUCCUUCAUCAUCUGGCUGAGCUUGGCAAGAAGGCAAAGUUGGGGUGCUGGGUAGACCUGUCCCUACUUAGAAGAUUCUCUUCGGAAUGGUACCAUCAUCUGUCAACGGCAAAUCUGUGGAACAUCUCCAAGAUCAUGACGAGUGUUCGAAGCAUCAACUUCAUAGUUGUUGAGUCCUCAGGGGACGACGAAGGUUACAAAGCAAGCGAACUGAAUAUACAGAGCCCAAGUUCUAAGGGAUGGCAUUCCCCCAGAUUCUGCAUCUACCCACAGCAUCUUACUUUGCAAUUGGAGGAGACCGUGUGCAUACGCCAAAUUCAGAUCAUGGGGCACACCUAUAUGAUUCCGGAGAAGGCGGAUGUGUUCUUGGGUGAUGCACCGGCGGGAUUGGAGAAAAACCUCUCAAACGUCCAGUUCGCACCUGUUGGCACUGUGUCAUUCGCCCGGAAUGACAAUUCGGAAUUCCGGGCCAGGGAACUCAAGAGGAUCAACGUGACAGGCACAGCUUCCUUCGUCAAGUUAAUCAUAUUCAAGCCACAUGACAACCGCCGGAAUAAGUACAAUCAAGUGGCCCUCCUGGGAGUGAAUAUCCUCGGCCAUGAUCGGAACGCACUCAAUGGAGUCAGGAUUCCUCCUGGUCAAGAUCCCGAGCUUCAAAAUCCCAUGGAUGACCUCGCUUACAUGAUGUACAUGGAUGGGGAAGUGGUCGAUCUUCUCAAGAAACUCGAGAAUAAAAAGAAGGAAGCUGUCAAAUUGGAGAGGUACGAGUACGCCAGAAAAUUGAAGAACGCUCAAACUGCUUUGAAUUUCGCGGGCUUGAAGCUCGGCGCUCUGGAAAUGGAGAAGCGCAUCGCGAUCGAGUCGGAAAGCUAUGACAAGGCAAAGCAGAAAAAUCGUCAGAAGGAAGACUACCGGAAUGAGGUCUACGAUCAUCUGGACAUCCAGACUCUCUUGGAAACAAAGGGGCCGAUAGCGAAGAACGACGAACCCGAGGUGCUGAAGGAAUUGCCGACCCCGCCUCGAGUGAAGUCCAAACCAGAAUCCCCGCAGGAAGAAGAGGUGAAGGAACCAGAGAAAGCGAAGGCAGAGCCACGCAUCCAUGCUCCAUACUACGAAGGGAAUCCAUAUGCUGCCUACGACAACAAACCAGUGGCUGCCGUCAAAAAAAGGGGAUUGGCCAUAUUCAGAAGAAAGGAAACCAUCCCUGUGAAUGGCAGAGCGGAAACCGCGAAUCUUGCUGCGUCAAAGCUAUCGGAGAAAGACAAAAAGGAAGCCGAGGUCGCCAUACGAGUCUUCGGUCUCAAGACGGUCGAACGAGCUUAUAAUAAGGCUUUCCAGGAGAAAGAAAGGGGCUAUAAGGAGGUGAAAAAAUUCCUGGAGCAUUAUCGGCGAAGCAAAGACGGACCGAGUCCUUCGAAGGUCCUGAGAGGCACAACGGCUUUGUUGGAGAAAGGACUAAGAGACAGCGUUACGGGGAUAUUUUUCCUCUCCGUCGACAUCGUCAACAUAAUUUUCGGAAAAUUCCUCAACGAAAACAAAGGGGCGUUGAAGAAGUACGACGUCUCUUCGGCAUCAGAGAAGCUUCUGCCGUUGCUGCUGAGCAAGACGGGAAGCGUGGCAGCAUCCAGGCAGCAGACGUUAUCUGAGGAAGCCAUCCUUAACAUGGCCGUUCAAGAAAAAAUGCUCGAUUCUCAUGUCACGACGAAAACCCUCACUACUCCUUUUAAAGGCUCGGUCCAAGUGCAGCAAGCCCAAUGUCGGGCGCAGAUGGUCAACCGGCUUUUGGAGAGAUUAGGGAUCCUGAAAGCCAAGGACAGUGGGAUGUCGAGCGGAGAACUGAUGUCGUUCGCCUCCUCGGCCAUCAACAACCCGGCAGACGGAGUCCGUCGGGAGGCGGAGAAGAUCUACAUCCACCUCUACAAAGACAAUCCGAGGCUGGUCCGCAAGUACUUGCCGACCGACGACGAGAAGUCUCGUCGGAACAAGACUUACCGGAACCUCUUCGAAGAGUUCGACCGCAUCGAUGGAAAGCAAACGGAGGAAGAGUACGGGAAAAACUUGGGAGUUCCAGGCAAGAGGCACAGCUUGAUAUCAAAUGGGCUCAUCAGUCGGAGAGCGAGCCUUAUCACGACGGCACCCCGAGACGACGAUGAAUCGACUUGCGUCUUUUGCGAUGAAGUGAACCCCGCGUUCAGGAACGGAGGGCUCGAAAUGCACUAUUGGAAGUCUUGUCCCAUGUUGAUGCUCUGUCCCGACUGCAAGCAAGUAGUAGAAGUUCAGACACUCACUGAACAUCUCCUAGGCGAAUGCGCCUCGUCCAGGAAGUAUCGGAGAUGCAAAACUUGCGGAGAAGCCAUCUUGAGGUCUGAGUAUGACGAUCAUAUAAAAACGAAACCACAUCCAGUGGCUCCACCGGAAUCGCAAGGCAACCACUGCCCACUAUGCCACGAAAAUAUCCCGCCAUGGGAGACCGGCUGGAAAAAGCAUUUGAUGGGAGAUGAUCCAUGCAAGAAUCACCCGCGAGGAAGGGGAUCGAAAGAUCGAGGAGGAGGACAUGCGCUCUUCCCGUCAUCCUCUCAAGCUCAAGGUACCGAUAAAGGGGGUAAGCAAGAAGAGACAGCGGCGAAGCGUAGGCGCAGCAUGCUCCCUGUCCCUUCCAAGCCCGCCAGCCGACGGAAUAGCGAUGACAGCGGAGCAUCUAAUCGCAUGGAAAAGGCACCACCUGUCAAGAGGACUGCCAGUGAUGGUGGUUCUUUUUUUCGCCUUCGCAGGCGACGUUAA